AGUGGACAAGAAAAGAGAAACAAGCUGACAAAGGCAAAGAGAUAGCCUCCACUGUAGAAGUUAUCAAAGAGAAGGAGAGUGACGAGGUAGAUCAAAGAAGUGUUGAUCAAGGAAGCACAAACAAUCAAGUGGUGGUUAGUGAGACUACAACUCCUAUCAAAGAGAUUCAUAACACCACCCCUGAUCCUCAGGUAACUACAUACAUCACUACUAGCAACAAAUAUGAUAAUCUUGUUAUUGAAUUGCAAGGUCCUGUGCAGUUAGAUUUGGAAAAAUCAGCUUCUCAUGAAACAAGUGUAUUGGCUACAAAAAUUAAGAACAUUGAUGGUAUACCAAUUAGGCAACUAAGGAAAAAACACAAGUCNACAACUCCUAUCAAAGAGAUUCAUAACACCACCCCUGAUCCUCAGGUAACUACAUACAUCACUACUAGCAAGAAAUAUGAUAAUCUUGUUAUUGAAUUGCAAGGUCCUGUGCAGUUAGAUUUGGAAAAAUCAGCUUCUCAUGAAACAAGUGUAUUGGCUACAAAAAUUAAGAACAUUGAUGGUAUACCAAUUAGGCAACUAAGGAAAAAACACNAAUCAGCUUCUCAUGAAACAAGUGUAUUGGCUACAAAAAUUAAGAACAUUGAUGGUAUACCAAUUGGACAACAAAGGAAAAAACACAAGUCACCAAAUAGGCCACCAUCCACCAAGACAUAA